CUGUGGCCAUGGAUGUUGGGGGGGUUACUAGGCUCUUCUCAGCACAUUUUCUUCUUCCUGCUCUUAAUCGACGGUCUGCUUAUCUCACCAUUCUAAAUCGUUUCAACGAUUCUUCCAUCUUUCGCCGUACUUUCUCUUCCGUGUACCACGCAAGACCUUCCGUGAUUCCUCGUCAAGCGAUGGCCAAAAGAGGGUUUUCACCUAAAGAAGACGAAGUCGCUUCUCCUGGCGAUCUUCAGUUCGAGGCUCCCUUGCAAGUUGUGAAAUAUCCAGACCCAAGAUUGAGGAUAAGAAAUAAGCGCAUCGAUACCUUUGAUGAUAAUCUGAAGAAGCUUGUCGACGAAAUGUUCGACGUAAUGUACAAAACUGAUGGUAUUGGACUCUCAGCACCCCAAGUAGGAGUCAAUGUACAACUUAUGGUGUUCAAUCCAGAGGGUGUACGUGGUGAAGGAGAGGAAAUUGCUCUUAUUAAUCCAAGAAUUAGCAAAUACUCAAAGAAACUUUCACUUUUUAAUGAGGGUUGCCUCUCUUUCCCAGGGAUUUAUGGUGACGUACAGAGACCAGAAUCUGUGAAGAUUGAUGCGCGUGAUGUCAAUGGAAAAAGGUUCUCAGUCAGUUUCUCAGGGCUUCCUGCACGGGUGUUCCUGCAUGAAUUUGACCAUCUACAGGGAGUUCUGUUCUUUGAGAGAAUGACUGAAGAAGUUCUUGAUAGCAUCCGUGCUCAACUACAGGCCUUAGAAAGUAAGUACGAAGUUGAGACUGGACUUCCAAGCCCUGAGAAGAUCGAAAACCGGAGGGGCAAGAGAGUUGCUACUGGAUUUGGAAAAUGAUAUUACCUUCUUCAAUCAACGGCUGAGGUUUUCCUGAUGUUUACCUUCUUCUAUCGAUUGGAAAACUGCUUCUUAUUUUACGGGCUAAAUUUACUCAUAUUUCGAUAAUCUACUUCAUACGGGAAAUUCUAUUUUGAAGUCCUCAAAACAACGAAAAAUUAGAGAGCUGCUGCGCUUGGCUGGAUAUGUUGGAGAGUACAUGAUUACUGCUAGAGCUUGUUAUAUCUCUUGACCAAUGUGUAUUUAUUGUUAGGAAUUAGUUGUGGACGCUUUUUCAUUCUCGGAUUAUAGAUGUUUGUUCUCCAUCUUCUACUGUUCUUUCGCUCAUUUCUAUUGGCCUUCACAUCAUGCUAUUGGCGAACUACUGAACUAGCAGGUUCCCAACGAAUGAUUCUUAAAGAUGAGGAUAAUUAUGUUCUGGGAGUUUAUGUUCUGAAUAGGGGCAAAACGAUGAGGAUGGAGAUCACUAGAAUUAGAAUUGCAGCCAUAGCCAAUAGCCCUAUAACCCAGUGAUAUGGAAGUUCUGCCGUGAGUAGGAGGUAAUCUCAAGUCACUAGUGUUUACUUCUAUAAUUCAAAAAGAAUUGUGGCAAUAAAUUUUGUUUUGUUUGAAAUUUA